AUGUUUCUGUAUGAUAAUGAUGAGGAAAUUAUCCCGCUGCCAAUGGCAGAGGACAACAACACACCCCCUCCGCCAGGCCUAAAAGCAGCGAUGGAGAAGAGUGGAUACCCUAACGAGACGGUAAGCCAGCAACAGUCGAUGUCUCUCUUCAUGGAACGUCCAAAGAGCUCCGUUAUCGAUGUGACAGCUUUUUGCUUUGCAAAGCCCUCUGGAAGGAACUUCUCAACGCAGCAUUCACCCCAUAGCGAUACGGGUCAUCAAAAUACACCGAGAAAAUGCUCCCCUAUUGCAACACAAGUACAAAGUGUACGAUGGUUAGAUAAGCAAGCCAACUCUAACGGAUUGCGCAUUUCAAAGCGUCGUCGUAUGCAUCCUCGAAAGUUUACCACCCUCAAGCCCUCAGCGCCUCGUCCCGUUGAUCAUGAGGAUUCGCAGUUGACAGAAGAUGACCUUUUCCAAAUUCUGAUAAUGCGGAUCCGGCAACGUGAAGAGGAUAAUGCUGCCGCGGCAAAUUUGCGUAAGCAAUUGGAAGCUACUGCUUCACAGCUAACGGAGGAGAACGAAGCUUUGAGGGCGGAGCUCGAGGCUUACGGCACUCAGCUACGGAAGAAAACAUUCGAGUCAAAGACAUACAAAGCACAGAUGAACACCUGGAAGACGAAGCUUGGAAAGUUCAAACACGUUCUUAAUGCCUUGGGAACCGAUUAUCAGAAUCUCCUAGGGGAGUCUAUCCAUCUCAAAGCAACCAGGAGUGCUUUGGACAAGGAGGGUAAGGAAAUAAGGAGCAGUAUUGACGACAUCCAAGCACAAAUCUCCCAAGCUACUGCCAGCGUUGGCGAGAAGAAGAAUCAUAUGUUGGAGUCCGUAACCAUUAUCAAUACACUGAGAAACGACCUGAAGCAUUCCGAUGAAAAGGCUAGGUCAAUCAAAAACCAACUGCACGAGGAAAAGAAAAGGAUUAUGACGCUUGAGUCAUAUAUCCAAUAUCACUCUCUUGCUCAAGAGAAACAGCUGGGGCUUAUUAGGGCCGACCACCUUGGAAUCAACCAAAAAAUGGAAUCCGCAAUUGAGACAAUGGCAAAGCUGUGGGAGUUCUCCCAAACUUCCAUCCGGUCCAUCAUGAGUCCGACAAUGGACAAGUGCUUACUCGCCAUCAACGCUUUGACUGAAAAAGAAUCAGUGGACAACGUGGAGAUCCAGAAAUUUGCGGAUACCAUCAAUGGAUUCAUAUCACGAAUGGAUGCGGUCGUACUACAAUUGGCUAAGGAUUUUGAGCGAAAUUCCGAAGCAAAGGACAGCGUCAAAACGUUUUUUAAAGAACAGCUCCAGAGCAUGGAGAGUCGAUUUGGCGCCGACUGUGACCUUUACAAGCAGUUUUAUGCGAUCAAGGAAGCAUGCGAAAGCCUCCACGAGAAGCUUAAAAUAAUGGGACCAGACGUUUGCACUCUCAAUGCAAAGAUUCUAGGGGUUGAAGAGAAAGAAAGCGGCCUGGUGCGACAGAUCGAAGAGCUCAAACGAAGUUUAACCGGAGCUCGCGAUCUCAUGAAGCAAUCUCCCACAAUCCCUGAAAAGGAAAAUUGUUCAGCGACGGCGGAAAUCAUGUCUCAACUGGAGAAGGUUUCCGAAGAACUUAGAGUGGCCCAGGAGACCCUUCAGACCAAAGAUACAGAGAACGAGUAUGUGAAGCAUUCGUUGCUGGAGACUACUGAAGCAUUCCAGGAGGCAGAAAGGAGAGCGGCAUCAUAUGAAGCCAAACUUGAAACACUGCAGCAACAGGCUCAAUCGGUCGAAAGCAAAAUUCGGGAAGAAUUGAGCAGGGCAAGCGUCAUAGCUCGGGAUCAAAACAGAGCAAAAUUUGAACAACGGCUGCACGGAAUUUUGAAGGAGAAGGAAACAAUCGAGAAAGACUUAGAAAAGACAAAAGAGCUUCUAGCCACAGCUCAGCAAGCGCAGCUCCAAACCGAUGCUUUGACGGAUCAGCACCAGAAGGAGCUGGAAUCUCUAGUAAGCCUUUUGGCUGAGCAAGAAGUCAAUACUGUCCGAAAUAGCACUAAUGAAAGCGAUUCCAAAUUAGCAGCACAAGAGACCGAGUUGACGAGACUUCGUGAGCUAGAGAAUUUUUAUACGAGCCAAAAAAAUUUGCUGCGACAGGAAAUCGAUGAAGCUAACCAAAAGAUAACAACUCUUGAAGCUGAAGCCGCCCUGAGUAAAGUCGAUCAGUUGGCCUUGCGAGAGUUCGAGAAGAAAUUUGAUGAACUCCAAUCUGAGCUCUCACGCAAAGAAGAAGAGCGUCUGUCUAUUCAGAAAGACUUGACGGCUGCUGAUACAGCGAAGUCGGCCCUCGAGUCCGGUAAAGCGAAGGCGAAGCGAGAGAUUCACGCGCUCCUUCUGAGAGUUCAGGACUCGGAACGAUGGGUGAAAGCUAUCAAAGAAAAGCUGGAAAACUACGGCAUUUCAACAUCGACAGAAUCAUUUCCAGAGACUUGGAGUAAGCUGGAGAUGUUGCUGCAAUCGGCUAUCUCCAGUGGUUUCCCGGAUGGUAGUUCGAAUAUCUCUUUGCAACAAGUCAACUGCACGCCCGCUGUUGCUUCGACGCCUUGUAAGGGGGGUGAAAGUCCAGCACAGGAAUUUUUUCAGGCUACUGAGGUGAUAUAUCGAACCCGUAAUAUCCCAAAAAGCACGUGUUGCUCUCCAGUGGGCCGUGACUCUUUUCAGUCUGGAGGAGGUAAUGGUACGAUCGAGACUGUGCCAGACUCGCAGAUGUCGACUAAUAUAGUUCCAUUUUCGAGCUUCCAGGCGCAAUUAUCGCCUAUGCAUUGUUCGCCCAACCACGAUGACCAUGAUGCAUGUGACUUGGCAGAUAUUCUGACACAGAUUUCUCAAAGAGAGCACCAUGGAAAGGAAUGUAGCGAUCCCGCCAACGAUCGAAGCGGACGGUCGUCUAGUUCAACCACAGAGAAAGGCGCAAAUUCAUUGUCUCCUUGGAAGCGCAUGGAAACGAACAAUGGUAACCCAAAGACCUCAGAAGUUCGAACGCCAGUAACCGGUCCGAAGUUCAGGAACAGCACUAACGAUGCCCGGGGUAUCAAUAAUGGAGACAAACAGAAGGCUGUCACUUUCGAAGACCAGAAAAUUGCGAACACCGGAUCCAAACGUCGAACGCCAGAGUCUUCACAUCGAGAGAUCCCGGAUAGACCCACUAAAAAUUUCGAGAGACGACCAGUACGUCAGAACCGGCGUACGUAUAGCAGACAUCGGCGGACGUCCCCGGCGCGAGAGCAAGGCGGACCAGAGGAUAUGCAUGCUGAUGGGGAGCUCCCAUACAACGGAAACAAGAGAGCGCGAGUGUCUCCGGUGUCGAGUUAUCCUAGGCAGAAACAGACGCAAGGUGCUCGCGAGCCGGUCGAGCGCAGACUAAGUCCUGCAAGCCUGGCUUCUGGAAGCAGCAGACAGAAUACUGCGAAUGAAGAUCCUGCCAAUAAACGGUGGACGGGACGAAAUCAGAAGCGACCUGGACGCAAGACGCGAGGUAAGCUAUAG